AUGCCAACACCGGUGGGACGAACUGGUAAAUUUGUAGAUGCUGCUGCUUUAAAGGCAUUGGAGGGAGAGCCAACAUCAGCUUCAGUAGGAAAUUGGAAUUGGUUCAAGAAGAGCAAGGACCAGAGUCCAGCAACUGCUUCGCCGCAGUCAUCAGCCCAGCCAGCUCAAUCAGCACGUACACCAGACAAUAAGCUCUCGCCGGAUGAUAGGCCUAUCGUUAUUGGCCUGGCUCUAUCAUCUGAGGAAGCGGGCAACUCUUCCCGAUAUGACGUCGCUCCGACACCCGUUGAACCUCCAGCACAGCCGUAUUUGCCUCGAAACCCUUCUUCUUCAAACCUGUCUCCAUUCCUAGUUCAGCAGAAGUCAGUGUGGUCACCUGAUACACCCGACACCGUUUCCUCAUUCACCACCAUUCGAUACGCCUCAAGCAUUUAUUCGCAGUUUCCAUCUCCCGGCACGACAACGGCCGUCAAUGUUCCACCUGUGCCUGCAGUUCCAGCAAACUUCAAGAAAUCAGCUCAUCAGAGGCUCAUCAGCUUAGAACUGGGAGGCAGAACCCCCGAUGACUCUGAUGGCGGUACGCCAUGCACACUGUUUGAAGAAGAUGGCACUUCAAGCCCACACAAACAAGCAAGGGGAAAGACAUCAGCACUGACGCCCGAUAGUGCUGCGUCCAAGUCCCGUGGCUGGUGGGAUCAUCAUGUUGUCACUCCUUUUAUGGAGAACAGACUGACAUUCACUACCAGUCCAAAAGUGUAUACUGACUCACCAAAGAGUAUCCGAGGGGAUGAAUGGUGGAACAAGCAGGAGACUAAGCCCCCGCAAGGAGUGUAUCUCACACCGAGCUUGGCUCCUGGCUCAUUUCAAACACCAAUCGUCAAAGAACCAACGCCACGCAGGACACCAUCACCCCGUUUUGAACAGACCCAAGAGAGCGAGUCUGGACCUUCAACUGCAAGGGCAUCCCCCGUUCCUGAAACCACACCCAAUUCAGAAAAACCACGAAUACUUGUGACCGAGGAGGAAGAAAGUAUUGGGGAACAGCUGCCUGCAUACUCGCCCCCCGAAAAGAAGAGCCAGGCUGCUCCAGUAAGGUACAGGGCCGUCUUUCCACCUGGACAUCCGCUUCAAAGCCAGUUCCCGCCCUCGCCCGGUCCUGUGUCGCCCGGUCUCUCUUAUACCAUGUCAUCCCAACGAGCUGAACAACUAACUGAUAUUCCACUCACUCCGGCCCCGCGAGACAACCUGCGUCUCUCUCAAAUGCCACUCCCAACACGACCGCUGGGCACCUCUGCACCCCGAGAAUACUCCCAUGGCGAUGCCGAACACGCCACCAAGCAUGAGCGCAAAAGAAGACGCAACGAGAAGGAAGAGGCUGUUGCACGGCGCCUUGGUGGUUUCUGGAGAGGUCGAGGAUGUAUUCCUGAGAGGGGUUGCUUUGGUCGGACUGGACGCGAGGGUCGACAGCGCCGUCGUGUCUGGAUGAUUAUUCUGGGAGUUUUCCUUGCCAUUAUUAUUCUUUCGAUCACGUUAGGCGUUGUUCUGACACGCCCCAAGCAUUCAGAGAAAGUGCCAUCAAUCUGGGUCAACUUGACGGAUUUCCCACCCAUGCCAACCGGAGACUUGACAAUCGUUGGACCGGACAAUACCGUCGCGAGGAGUGGCUGUACUGAGCCAUCCACCAUGUGGAGUUGUUCUCUACCGAAGGAGCAGCAUGACUCGGUGAAGCCUUACAAGCCUGACCAGCCAACCAUUGUCCUGCAGAUUCAGUGGGACAACAGUACCCGUAAGGAUUGGAAGACUCCCAACGAAGAUCCUCCUUCGUUGAAGGAGCGUCGAGGUAUGGGUGGUGCCGCAUAUGCAGGAGACACUAUCCGAGCACGGGAGACGCCCGACUUCGAGCCCAGCCCUAGUCCACCCAAAUUCCAAGAGAUGUGGUUUCUAGGAAAUACAACAGACAAUAUCAAAUCCGAUAAAAAGGGCGGCGAGGCGACUCCAUUCUACAUCAGUCUGGUUGAUUCUGUCGAGGAGAGUAGCCGCAAAGAGCUGACCAAGAGGCAAGAAUUGGACGUGAAUGUUAGCCUUCCCGAGGUGCUCCCACCCCCUGAUCUUAACGGGAAUGGCGCAUCCAAACCAGCUGUCCUGCUCCCGCGACCGAUACAGCAGCCAGUGAGGCUCUACGACCGCGGACUUCCGACCGAGCACUAUGGCUUUUACACUUACUUCAAACGGACCAUCUUCCUUAAGUCGGUAACGGUUCUUAAUGAUACCAAGGAUGGAGACAUACCCCUAGAUGAGGAUGGUGGCUGCCGAGAGACAGAGGCUGAUUUCAUUGCAACAUGGAGCGAGACACGCUUUCUCGUUCAGAUCUGGACACGCACACUGGCUGCUAAUACAUCGAAGCUGAUCGAAGCUACUGGGCAAGGCAGCAUCGACGGAUCACCAGAGCUGAUCCGACCGGGAACAAUGCCGUACCCAGUGACAGUGACCAUGGAUACGCAUGGAGGAGAUCCAGGGAAAAAGUUUGUCUGGGCCUGGCCUAUCGAUGAUAGACAGAAGAUUGAUGAUGAGAACCCUAAGCUACUGGCCAACGACAUAGGAGCUGGUGGCACGUGGAUCAACAAAAGGUCUCGAGGAGACGAAAAGUUUGGCGGAUUCGACGGCGGGACCGGAGGAUGUAAAUGCCAAUGGGUGAAUUGGGUAUUUGUCUAUCAUCACCCUUUCAAUAAUCCUCAGAUCCUCGCGCAGAUGCGCUGUCUUCUUCAAUGUCGUCAUAGGAGUGUACUCCUUGCCUUCAGGCCUCGAAGGCUUCGUUUUCUCACAACCCUCGCCAUUGAGACAUCCUGCGAUGAUACAGGCGUUGCCGUUCUUCGCCAUACACCAGAAGCAACUGAACUCCUCUUCAAUGAGCGCAUAUCCUCAGAUAAUCGCGCAUUCAAGGGUAUACACCCCAUUGUAGCGGCCAAGGGCCAUAGUGCGGCUUUAGCACCUCUUGUGCGUCGCGCCCUAGACACUCUACCAGCUGCUGAAGAUGGCAGCCAGAAAUUCUGUGAUGCUGGUGGGGUGAGAAGGCAAGUUCCGGACUUUGUGUCUGUGACUCGCGGGCCUGGGAUGCGCUCGAAUUUAGGAAUCGGCCUGGAUAUGGCAAAAGGACUGGCUGUUGCUUGGGGCAUCCCGUUGGUAGGCGUUCAUCAUAUGCAGGCUCAUGCGUUGACACCACGACUGGCCCGGGCUCUGGGGAUGAGUAUGGGCGAAAAGGAGGCGUCUAAAGAGGGACCAGAGUUUCCAUUCCUGUCCCUACUUGUCUCAGGCGGACACACUCAACUUGUUCACUCUACAGGCCUAACAGAGCAUUCUAUCGUUGCUACAAGUGGCGAUAUUGCUAUUGGCAAUCUUCUUGACCAAACAGCUCGCGAUAUCCUACCUCCUGAGGUUUUUGAAGCAAGUGAGCAUGUCAUGUACGGUCGCCUUCUUGAAGCUUUUGCCUUCCCACCAGAAAAUAGCUUGACUUCUGCCUAUGAGGCUGUUUUCACACCACCAGCUUCUCGUUCCGCAGAGAUGACUCCUCCAUCCACGGGCUAUGAGUGGAAUAUCCCCACGCCUUUUCGGCAAACACGAAAACUUGCAUUCUCAUUCAGUAGCAUCUACACACACGUUCACGAUCUCGCAACCUCCCGCCCUUCCAUGUCUCUAUCUGAACGCCGGGCACUGGCACAGCAUACUAUGAUGGCAGCUUUUACACACCUGGCAGGCAGAUUAUGUAUCGCUCUCGAUGACAAGCCAGAGUUUCGAGCUGCAAAGACACUCGUUGUGGCGGGUGGAGUGGCGAGCAAUAAAUUUCUCAUGCACGUCCUGCGGUCUAUGUUGGCUGUAAGGGGCUUUGGGGACAUACAAAUUGUUGCCCCGCCUAUAGAGCUCUGUACAGAUAAUGCAGCCAUGAUUGCUUGGACGGGUAUGGAGAUGUAUCAAGCUGGCUACGAGUCUGAGUUGACCGUGACGGGGAUUGGAAAAUGGUACAUGGAUCCUGAAGUUGGUGACGGGAUAUUGGGAGUUGAUGGGUGGGUGAGAAGAGACAUCAAGGACUCAACUCUUGAGAAAAAUUGAGAAAAAAUUGUAAAACUAUUUGAACUGUGUAUGCUACCAGCAUGAGCGGUGUUUACAUGACAGGUUGUCUAGUAUUGUAGUUUAGUUGACUUUAUGUAGGCAUCACUACUAGGUAUUGGAGUUUAGGAUACCUAUUUUAGGCAGGGA